CCUGCUCAACAAAUCGCACAGAUACAACGACCAGCUCAACAAGCCGCACAGAUACAAAAGCCAGCACGACAAGCACUACCUGAUUGCACCCCCGCCACCGCCGAUGCAAGAACUGCCACGUGGACCAGAAUCAGAACAAAGAUGAUGUUCAGAUAAAGAAGGAACGGGAGGCAAGGCCUAAGGAAACAGCAGAGAAGCCGUUCACCAGACAAACAGCUAAAUCCAGCAUUCAAGCACCCAUGAUUCAAGUCGCAGGGCCGGAAGGUCAACCGAUGCUGGUGUACAGGCCCUAUGGAUGGCAGGAAAUACAGGAGAUGGGAGGACACUUUUCCCCUGUUGAGGUAGGAGGAACAGUAAUGGCCGAAGAAUUAAUUCAGUUUUGUCGAACUUAUUCACCCAGAAUCCAGGAAGUGAAAAAGAUCCUGGAAAAGAGACACGGUUUCCGGCUGGGAACGAAAAUGACGGAGAAAUGGCCUGAUGACAGCGCACCCACACACCCUGACUGGAACCACGACCACAACCUGCCUUAUCGAAAUGCUGUGGAACAAAUCGCAAAGGCCCUCAAGGACAUCUACCCGGUAACAGUAAACACUCAGAGACUGACUCAAACUAAGCAAAAGCCCGAUGAACCGGUUGAAGAAUAUCUGAAUCGUUUAACUACCGUAUUUGAACAAUGCUCAGGAAUGUUGAAACCAGAGGGAGUAAACAUCAACACGGGAGACGUAACAUCAUGGGAAUCUUAUCUCAAGCAGAUGUUCCUGGGAGGACUUCAACCUGACAUUUCAGCAAAGGUAAAACAAACCUGCAUUGGGUGGGAGUCGGGAAAACUGGGCGAGGUUGUCACACAUUCUCUGCACGCUGAACGCCUGCUGGAUGAAGACAAACGAAAAAAGCAGAGAAAGGCGGACCAACAGUUAUCUUCAGCUUUUGUCAAGAUAGGAGAAUGGACACAGCCACAACACAACCAGCGCAAUUUCUCUUCGCAAGGACAACGUUUCCGAGACAACGGACAGCAGAAAGAAAGGGAGAAGAGGAGAGGAAAACAGUGGCCGGAAGACCCAAAAGAAAGAGUUUGCUGGUAUUGCGGGAAGAAAGGACAUUUGAAAUCCCAAUGUUUCCAUUUCUUGAAAACUCAAGGGACAGAGGAACUCCAAGCGGGCGCGGGAAACUUGCCGGCGUGUAAAGAAAGGGGCGACUGAAGCCAGGAGGGGGAAGGGGAGCAUCGUACAGAGGCGGGUUAAAGCAGCACUACCACGCCCCACAGAGGGACCUUUGCACAACAUCAAACCAGGAGAUUUCGUGUUGGUGAAAAACCUGAGGAGGAAAUCCUGGAAGGCAGGACGGUGGGAGGGGCCAUUUCAGGU